AUGGCCGGGGUCCAGCUUCAAUUCCCGGAUGAGGCAAAUCUUGUUGGCCCUGUCAUGCCUCAACGAUUGUAUCCUGGAUUGGAAGAGAGCAAGGGUGCGCUUUACGAAAUUGGUGUCGCUGACGAUGGUGAAUUGAUUGGUCUUGCUGAGGACGAGAUGGAAGAGUCCCUGAAUAAUCUUCGUGCCAUGGCAGCUAGUUUGGGUUGCCAGGUCGACGUAGUGCGUAUGUUAGCCGUCGGUGAUUGCGAGUGGGUAGAAGGCGGUAUACCGCGACAAUCGAGGCUACUGGUCGCCGAAGCAUACGUGCAUCCAGAUCAGCUCUUGGUUAAACAAGAUCACAAGGACGAGAACGAUCAAAGCUCGCAUCCAACUGCGCAUGCAUCUUUACCACAACUUCGUGUCUCACUGGCGGGUGCAACGAUGUCCGGCAAGUCCAGUCUGCUUGGCACGCUCUCGACGGGCACAUUCGACAACGGCCGAGGAAAGAGCCGUCUGAGUCUCCUGAAGCACAGGCACGAGAUUGAGUCCGGAGUGACGAGCUCUAUCACACAGGAAUUGAUCGGCUAUGGGGAUCUACUUGAUCCGGACGGGGACAGGUCUCUCUCACAGAUCAUCAACUAUGGUGGUACGGACAUAUUGUCGUGGACCGACAUUCACGCAUCUACAGAAUCUUUAACAGCGGGUAGACUGGUUUUCCUUACCGAUUCUGCAGGCCACCCUCGGUUUCGGCGGACUACGGUUCGUGGCUUAGUCGGUUGGGAUCCCCAUUACACAUUACUCUGUAUUCCUGCAGAUAACGUUGAGGACAGCUCAUCGUCAGGCUCAAGGGACAACCUUACCUCCUCUACUGCGGACCUGGACCUAUCGGGCGAGCUGCUUCGCCUGUGUCUGUCGUUGGAACUUUCACUUCUGAUCGUUAUCACGAAGUAUGAUUUGGCCAAGAAGGCUGGCCUCAAGAGCGUCCUCACAAGGGUGCUUUCCACUCUGAGAGAUGCUGGUAGAACAGGACGGAUCAUUGCCGACCCUUCUACACCACCGCUGAAUGCUAGUCUUGAGAGGAUUUCGUCUGAUGAUCUACUGGAGGCAGAGGGCGUCACACAGGCUUUCGACACGGCACCUUUAGCAGUCGUUCCCAUAAUCCUCACUAGUGCGCUCAGUGGCACAGGGCUGCGCAAGCUUCAUGCGCUUCUUCGGACGCUGCCUGUGCCUGCAGCUCCUUCACCCCCUUCGGUCCCUCGCAAACCUUUGUUCCAUGUCGAAGACGUAUAUGCGACUCACGCGUCACGGAAUGACUCCGUGAAGCCGACAAUCGUUGGCGGUCACCUGAGCUCCGGCGAAGUGAACAUCGGGGACGAGCUUGUGCUUGGACCGUACCCCAUGGACACAAGCCCAGAUGAUAGUGAUUCAGGAAGUGGAAGGCUAUCCGUCCGUAACUCACCAGUCCCAACAUCGCGAUCAUAUCCAGGUGCUCUACAGAAGAGAUCCACUGCUCGCACGCACACCGCUUCCAGCCCGCUAUUCGAAUGGCGAAAGGUUCAUGUCACGUCCUUGCGCAAUCUCAGACUGCCAGUCUCCACUUUACAUUCUGGACAAGUCGGUACCCUUGGGCUAGUACCCAUCCAUGCUCCGAUCUCAAGCCCUGCCACUACCCGGAUCAGGAAAGGCAUGAUCCUCUCCGACCAGAAUCCUCAAGCGCGCAAGAACAUUACUGUCCAAUUCACUGGACCACAAACAGACAAUGCCAAGGCUUUGACCGUCGGCAGUGCCGUUGUGGUUUUCUUCGCUAGCGUGCGAGCCCCAUCGAAAGUACUUUCGGUGACACCGAUCUUAUCGACAAGCGAGACUAUGACUCCACAUCACGCUGAUGCGGGGCUAGAAGAUGAAGGAUUCGGCUUUGGAUUUGGAUUUGAUGAUGAUUCGGCUAGCGAUCCUAGCGAUGGGGCUAGUGGAGGCGGUGCCGCAGCUACAGCCGUGACCGCGAUUGUCCAAUUCCAGUUCAUUGGGGGCAGAGAAUUCGUAGAGGAUGAUGCAAAGGUGCUCGUUAUGCCUGGUGGACGGCCUGGUUUGAGUGGAAGCAUUGAGAGGGGUGAGAAAGGCCUUGCUGGUUUAGAGGGCUUCGUUGGGAGGGUAGUUGAUGAGAGCGUGUGA